AUGGGGUUAUUCAACAAGAAACAAGCCUCUGCUCCCGUGGAGGAGCCCAAGCGAGGCAACUCGACCAGCAGCGAGGAGGGUUCUCAGAUCCACGCUGAAGGAAAGGUCACGGUGCUGGCGUGUGCGCUGGGCGCUGUUGCCAGUGUUGGUGGUUUCAUUUUCGGAUAUGUCAGUGGUCAAAUCUCUGGCUUCUUCCUGAUGGAAGACUAUGCCAGCCGCUUCGGAGCGUUACAAAGCGAUGGAUCGUACACCUUCAGCGCUGCUCGCCAGGGCACCAUCGUCGGUCUUCUCUGCAUUGGUUCGUUGAUUGGCGCUUUAAUUGCCGGUAAGAUGGCAGAUACCAUCGGUCGUCGUCUCUCCAUCUCCAUGUUCGCCUUCUUUACUUGCAUUGGUGUCAUCAUUGAGAUCUCUUCCUCCACCCACUGGGUUCAGUUUGCUAUCGGUCGUCUCGUCACUGGUGUCAGCAUUGGCGCCCUAUCUGUCGUCGUCCCCAUGUACCAGUCAGAGAGUACUCCCGCCCUGAUCCGUGGUGUCAUUGUCUCAUCGUACCAACUGCUCAUUACCCUGGGUAUCUGGACCGCUGAAAUGGUCAACUGGGGAACCGAGGCCAGGGGCAACAGCGCUUCAUGGAGAAUCCCCAACGGUCUUACUUUUGCCUGGGCUCUGGCUCUCGGUGCUGGUGUUCUCUUCCUUCCUGAGAGUCCCCGAUUUGCCUACAGCCGUGGUCGCGUUGAUGAGGCUCGCCAAACCAUUGCCCGGCUCAUUGGCCUCCCUCCCAACUCUGAUGUCGUCAACAAGCAAAUUGCCGACAUUCAAGAAAAGGUUGACGAGGAGAAUGCGCACACUGAGGCGUUCAAAUGGACAGAGAUUUUCACCGCCCCUCGCAUGCUCUACCGUACCACUCUCGGAAUUGUUCUCCAGGCCGGCCAGCAGCUGACUGGAGCCAACUUCUUCUUCUACUUUGGUACCACGGUCUUUGCUGCCACUGGUAUCAGCAACAGCUACGUCACCCAGAUUAUCCUCGGAUCCGUCAACGUAUUCUGCACAAUCAUUGGUCUCUGGAUCAUUGACCGCUUCGGUCGCCGUGUUAUCCUCAUGACCGGUGCUGCUUGGAUGAUGAUGUGCUUCCUUGUCUACGCUUUUGUCGGCCACUUUGCCCUCGACCACGAGAACCCGAUGCUCACCCCCAAGGCUGGAUCUGCCCUGGUUACAUUCUCCUGCCUGGCUAUUGCUGCUUUCGCCGUCAGCUGGGGACCGCUGGUAUGGACCGUCAACGCCGAGCUGUACCCCAUUCGAUACCGCAGUGUCUGCAUGGGUAUUGCGACCGCUUCCAACUGGUUCUGGAACUUUAUGAUUUCAUUCUUCACCCGAUUCAUUACCGACGACAUCGACUACUUCUACGGCCUCAUCUUCGCUGGCUGCUGUGCUGCGCUUGUCCUGAUUGUCUUCUUCUUCGUCAUGGAGUCCAAGGACCGAACUCUCGAGGAGAUUGACACCAUGUACGUGCAGCACGUCAACCCCAUCACGUCGAGCAAGUGGACCCCGACCAAGCAGCACCAGAAUGAAGUUGGAGAUAUCAGCGACGUGCGAAGUCACACGCAAAACUCGGAGAAAUAA